AUGCAAGACGUGUCGGAAAAAGUACCUGAAUUGUUUGUAUACCAGUACAGCCCACUUCCAUCAGGGCUCAACAACAUCCGUAUGCUCCGCCUACUCCCGACUCCCAACAACAAUGCCCCUAUUCGAUGUCGACUAUUCGAUUAUUCUCUUUCUAAGGAGCGCAGAGGAGGGCACCUGUACGAAGCAUUAUCAUACGUAUGGGGAAAUACCGAUAAGCCCCAGACUAUCUUCAUCGACGAUCAGUACCUCUCGGUGACUCUCAAUCUCCACGAGGCCCUGUUACAUCUGCGGGACUCCGUGAUCGAACGGGUCGUGUGGAUCGAUGCGAUUUGUAUAAAUCAGGGAGAUCUGAAAGAGCGUGGUGAGCAGGUUCAGCUCAUGGCCAAGAUCUAUAGCAAUGCAGCUCGUGUGGUCGUUUGGCUUGGACAGGCUUCGAAUCAUAGCGACAUGACGCUGGAGGCAAUACGAGUCGCUGCGAGCGAGGGGUCCUCCUCGCAGUGCCAUGCGUCUUUACGGGAGGGGAUGGAUGAACUGUUAGGACGGUCAUGGUUUAGGCGCAUCUGGGUCCUUCAAGAAGUGGCGGCAGCCCGGCAGGUCCGACUUCACUGCGGAUUUGUGGAACUCGACGGGUACACCUUUAAUGCUGGCCUAAAGGCGUUAGGCAACCAGUACCCCGGUCUUAUGGUCUUGCAGCGCUUGGUAGCUCCUGUAAUCUACAUCGUGGGAAGGGCGAUCUUCCGGCCGAGAACCAUGCAAAGCGCGUCGGCCCCAGGGAGCUUUUCUCUGAAUAUGCGGCCUCUGAGCGAGAUGAUCGAAAUGUACAACCGCCACGAGGCAACUGUACGUCAUGAUAAGAUCUUUGCGCUGCUAGGUAUGAGUUCCGACAACCCUAUUUCGGCUGGGUUAAUACCCAACUACGCACUCCGGUGGACGGAGGUUUUGCGGCAAACGAUUGUUUUCCUGUUAGGUUCUGGUGUGUCAGCACAGACCUGGGAGAACCGCGAGUUGGCAAUUAUCGAAGGGAAAGGGCUUGCUUUUGGUAAGGUGUCCAAAGUAGGCGGUGGUGAUACGGACGACAAUCAGGACAUCGAAAUCAUAUCCACAGUGGCAUCAGGACUUCCUGAUGCCAAGCGUACAUUGUCUCUGCAGAGGCUGUCAAAUCCGGUGAGAGAAGGUGAUAUUGUCUGCCUGCUUUCUGGGGCGCGAAAGCCAUCUAUUGUCCGACUAUGCAAAGACUACUUCACUAUUGUCAGAAUCCAGGUCUCUAUGCCGCCGAUUGUGCCCAAAAAUGACACUGUACACGAGUUCCUACUGCUCUGGGAUUGGGAAGUCUCCGAGCAGCGAUCAUCUGAGCAUUCUGAAUACAAGUCCUUGAUGGAAUCUCUAGUUUCACCAUGGGCAGUCGCUCGUUCACAUGAGAUGACCCGCUUGUGGCAUGCAGCACUGAUAUCGCACGAUGUUUGGGAAUUCAGAAAGUCGAGCAUAAGAGUCCAAGACUCUUUGCAAGCCCAUGUAACUGAGCUGGGAGAGGAGGAUUCGCGCACGUUGACCUGCAUGCACAAGGCUGCAGACUUGCACAUGAAGCUGGACGAGAUGGUGCCAGCAGUGGCAUUGUUCGAUCGAGUAAUAAAGUUGGCAAGGAAAAGUCAGGAGCUGGAUGAAAUCACGACUAACAGUCUCUCCGCGCUGGCAGCGAUCUACAGGGCGCAAGGCCACUGGAGAGAGGUGCGAAAGUUAAGAGCGAUGGAAGAUAUCAUCAAUCUGAUGCGAAACGGCAAGCAUGCCAUUGAUGAUAUAAUGCCGAAGGUGACUAGGGCACCGGACAAGGAGCUCCUGAUGCUUAUGUUUGAGCGAGAAGGGAAUAACGCUCAAGUCACGGAUGAUCUGCUUAGCACGAUAGCCAAGGACCCCUGCGGAGCGGAAAUGAUGGAACUCGUCCUCGAGCAUCGAGGAAGGGAAAUACGUAUCACAGAUCCUGUGAUCGCUGCAGCCGCGCGGAAUGCAAGUCACGGAAAAGCAAUUAUUAAAGUGCUGCUUGAAAAAAGUGGAGCCGAGAUCCAACUUUCAAAUAACAUUCUCCUCGCUACAGCAGAGAACAUUGAGAGCGGUGGUGAAAUAAUUAAGCUUCUUCUUGACCAAGGAGAAGGCGAGAUAGUUAUUAACGAAGCUGUGGUGACCGCGGCCACACUAAAUGCGAGCGAGGAUUUUUUGAGGAUAUUGAUGAGGAAGGAAUAUGGCCGGAUCCAGUUUAGUCGAGGCGCGCAAAUUCAGAUUGUAAGCAAAUGUGACAAAGGAAUCAUGAAGAUGUUAUUUGAGAAGGAAGGUGAGAGGUUCAGACCUACUGAGGAUAUACUCAUCGCAGCAGCAGGGAGCCGCCAUGGAAGGGGCGUGCUCCAUAUUCUCUUCGAGGAACGAGGGAAUGACAUCCAGAUCACCGAUGACGUGGUUGCUGCUGCUGCUGGUCAUAAGCAUGGAGACGGUGUGAUACGACUCCUCCUGCAGCGCAGACGCAAUGAAGUUGAGCUUACAGAAAAAGUGGUUGCAGCGGCCGCGAGAUCCCUGUCUGGAACGAAUAUUAUGAAGCUUCUCCUUGGACCCGAAGUUGACAAGGAUCAAUUGUCUGAUAAUUUGGUGGUUGAGGUGGCAAGGUAUUUCAAUACUGAAAUCAUGUCGCUGUUGCUCGAUUCCAUACAGGGCAAUAUUGAAAUCACCGAGGAAAUGAUUGCUGCUACCCUUGAAAAUCGGCAUGGAGAAGAGAUCUUGCGGCUUCUCUUCCACACGAGAAGGCAUAAGGUGCUCAUCAGAGACGAUGCGGUCGUUCAGGUUGCCAAGUCAUGUAACCAUGAAACGAUGAAGCUUCUACUUGGUGGAACGCAAAAUUCGAUACAGUUAACAAAUCCAAUUCUCAUUGCGGCAACUCGGAACAAGCGCGGUCAUUCAAUGCUGGUGCUACUACUAAGUCGAACACGGGACAAGCUCCAAAUCAGCGAAGAACUAGUGAUAGAGACGGUAAGGAAGGGGAGAGGAAUGCUGAGGGCAUUGCUAAAUGAAAGGUGCCACCAAUUCCACAUUACAGAAGAUAUCUUGGUCGCCGCUGCUGGACAUUGGUACGGGAAAGAGCUUUUAUCGCUUCUGUAUGAAAGAAAGUCAGGGGAGAUUCGGAUAACUGAAAGGGUGCUCGACGCAGCAGCUGGAAGCAAGCGUAGCAAGGAAGUGGUGGAGUUUCUAGUCAAUCAUUCGCCUGAGGGUGUCCAGCAAACAGUGGGGCUAGUUGCCGAUGCUACCGAUACUACCGAUACCAAACAGAAGAAAGUCAUUGUGGAUCUCGUGGUCGGUCAGAAACCGAACGGCUCGAGAUCGCAGAUGGUCCAAUAG